UUGUUUGUGGUUGUGAAGUCUCACUUCAGAGCGACCGCCCCGAUUCUCCUUUGUUUGAUGAAUUAUUACCUUGUGAUCAGUCCGGCUUGCACAUGAACAAAGGGGGUUUGAUGGAUGUUGGAGAAAAUCUGGAGAGCUCCUUGUUCCUGUUAGACGAGAGCAGGUGGAGUGAGGACGCCACAGUGAGAAAUAGGAUAUUUUUUGGCGUUUUUAAACAUGACAACUCCAAUCACUGCUCUCUUUAAAGCCUGUUACAGGUGCUGAACGCAACCUGAGAAGCAGAUGGAAGUGAUUUGUCUUCUCUGAAAAAUGAACUUGUGGGCUAAUAAAUCCUGAUCAGUUGGUAAUUUUAAUCUGCCCCUCACUGUAGCCAGUUAUUCUGAUCACCCUCUUAUAGCACACCCCACCAACUGAGUCUGGACCAGACCAUACCAACUCCAGCAUGAUGAGAGGGGGCUCUGCUGCUGCAUCAAGGCAGCUCUUGUAACAUGAUCCUCUCUACCCGAUCAAAUAAGCACUCAUUCCCUGAAAGUGACACUUCUGUCGAGCAGAGCGUGCUGAACAAAGCCACGAGAAAGGAGAGGGAGAGAAAGAGAGAGAGUGAGGGGAGCUUCUGGGGAAGAAAUGUCUCUCGCUGACUCUGUCGCCUCGACAACCGGAUAUCGGCAAAUGGAGCAGAUGAAGCUGCAGAGGUCAAGUUCAGCUUUAUAAAAGUGGACCAGGCAGGCCUGAACGCUCCACCUGUGAUUCCUGUGUGAUCAGCCUCAGAUAACGGAUCAUUCUACCUUCAGACCGCCGCCAAGGACAGAAAAUUAUACAGCAACUUGCAAAGGUGCAAGCAUGGAUGUGGAGGACGAGGCGCUGCUGUUUCGCACCAGCUGGGGUGAUGAUGAGGAGGAAGAGGAGGAGGAGGACGACGGGGUGGCGCACGCUGCGGGGCAUGGCUGCUUCUCGGGGACUGUAGGGGUUUGUGGGCUGUGGAGGGGAGUGGGGUGGGUCUACACACAACCCUGGGCCAGCGGGGUGGUCUUAGGGGUGGCCUUCCUCAUGCCCUGCGCCCUGUUUGCCUACAUGCUGCUCUACUGCCCUCCUCUGGACAUAGACCUCUCCUACAGUGCCUUUGAGGUUCACAGUCACUUCUCAGCUGAACGCUUUGAUGCUCUCACCAUCGCUGUGAAGUCUCAGCUGGGGUCCUGGGACAGGCGCAGGCGGGACGUCGAUGACAUGGAGUCUGAGGAACUUAAGGAGCUUAUCCUGGAGAAGCUGGCGGAGAGGGGAGUUUUCAACUGGACAGAGGGGAAGAAAGUGAAGUCCUCCUUUCAAACAGGCAGCACUCUAAAAACAGAAGAAGCCAGAGAAACAAGAACUGAGGCCGACUCAAGUCAGGAGGGGGUGAGGAGGGACAAGAGCCUUGGAGGUGAAAAGGAGCAGGGAUUAUGGGACGGAAACUCCUCCCUUCCACUCAUUAGGAAGCGCAGAUUUGCUCCUAAUUACUACAUGCAGAGCCAGGCUCUGUGGAGGAUCGAGCUGGUGUUUGUGGCUCAGGGGAAAGGGGAGCGCAACAUCUUCACUCCGGAGCGCCUGGAGACGAUCCACCAUGUAGAACGUCUCCUCAUGCAGCAUUCGCAGUUUCAUCAGUUCUGCUGGAAACCUAUGGAGAUUUUAAGGGAUCUGCCUCUGGGGCCGUCCUAUUGCUCCCCACCCAGCUCUCUUCUGUCUUACCUCUACCCCAGUGAGAGAGCGGGGAAGAUAUACUACGAUGGCAUGGGCCCAGAUCUGGCUGAUAUUCAAGGUUCCUUAAGUCUGGCCAUCACCCACCCACAGUUCUACUGGUACGUGGAUGAAAGUCUUUCCCCCAAGCGUCUCUCCUCGGCUCUCCUGCGCAGUGAGAUCCACUUUGGGGCUCCCCUGCCAUCUUACUACUCCCUGCAGGACCGAGGAGACGAGCAGAGAGCUCGCUUCAAAAACUUUGUGGUUCAGUAUGCAGGCAUGCUGGCCAAGCAGUCUACCAGUGAAGUGAAGGUGCUGUAUGGAGGGACGGAGCUGUUUGAUGAUGAAGUCAGACACACCUUUUACAAUGAUAUGAUGUUGGCUGUCAUCAGCGGAGUCUGCAUCACCGUGCUCGUCUAUAUCCUCACCUCGUUUUCUGUCUUUCUGACGUUCUUUGGACUCGCCGCCAUUGGGCUGAGCUGCUUGAUGGCUCUGUUUUUAUACCACGUUGUCUUCGGGGUGAGGUACCUCGGCAUUCUCAAUGGAGUCGCAGCAUUUGUUAUCAUUGGGAUUGGGGUGGAUGAUGUGUUUGUGUUCAUCAGCACCUUCAGACAGGCCUCCCAUCUCCGUUGGCCCCGGGAGCGAAUGAUCUACACAAUAAAGACGGCCGGCCGGGCGACGUUCCUCACCUCCUUCACGACCGCGGCCGCCUACGCCGCGAACACCUUCUCUCAGAUCCCAGCCGUGCAUGACUUUGGCCUAUUCAUGGCCCUCAUUGUCAGCUGCGCCUGGCUUUGGGUGUCUGUCCUGAUGCCAGCAGCCCUGUGUAUCUGGACCCGGCAUGUGGAGCCUCACGAACACGACUGGAUGAACUGCGUGAAGCUGCUUUUGGGCUCGUCAGCGAGCUACAGCCCUCUGUCAGAUGAAGAUGAUGAUGUGGCACUUCUGUCGGUGGACAUGGAGCCAGGCUCCUGUGACACAGACAGCGACGGAGCCAUUCUUUCCCUGACAGUGGAUACACCAUUAUCCCCCGCAGGACAGCAUCAGAUGGGUGUGGUGAGCACGAACCUCCAGUGGUGCCUGAAGCACUUAGUGGCUGAGCCGGCUGUGAAGCAUCGAAAAGCAGUUUUAGGUGUCUUUCUCCUGGUUCUGGUUUUCUCUGCGGGCUGCUGCUGCCUCCUGAGGCCGGCCACCCACGCCCCCCUCCUAUUCCGACAGGAAACAAACCUUCAGACGCUGCUGGCUCUGCGCAGCAACCUGAGUGGUCAGGGCAUCUCCUGCCCCACCUGCUCAGGGGUGUUCAUGGAAAAACCACAUCUGCUGUACACGCAUACUUCCUCGUCAGGAUUGAGGUUUUCCACACAUCAGCAAAGUCAAAGCACGACAGCUUCGACUGUCUCCCAGACAUCCAUGAAAACAAGCACAAGCACCAACAACACAGUGUCAGACUCCUUGCUGACUGUGUACAUGUCGAAGCUGGCCCAAGGAGGCUCCACAACAAUCUACAGGUUCUCGCUCAACACCAGCAUCCCGUCGCCGUGGAAAGUGUGCAGCACGGAGCGUGACGAGGUGUCGUCGUUCCAGGCUUUUAGUCAUCCCCAGAGAAAUUACACCAGCAGAAUGACGGUGUGCGUUUCCCGAGAGUAUCGCCCCUACCCCAGCUGGAUGAUCACGUCCGGCUUGUGCGAUCCCCGCCACGGCUGGACCCAAGAGUUUUCCUUCUACGUUGCAGCGUCCCCGCAGCAGAAUAGCAGGAGGCUGUAUUUUGCUCAGUGCCAUCAGAGACCUCAUCCCAGCAGGCUGUGUGUCAAAACACCUGGUUGUGGCUUCAGUUCUGGGCCUGACGGACCUUUAAAAGGAUCUUUUUAUAUCCCCCUCCCCAUCGAUUCCUCAUCCGCUGCCAAGACAAAGGCAUCGAAGACGUCUGGCUUUAACCCGUGCAGCGGCGGCGCUUGUGGUCGCCCAGCUGUGCGUCCCCUGGUUGACACCGGGGCCAUGGUUUUCGUCGUAUUCGGGAUCCUGGGAGUCAAUCGAAGCGAGAACAGGGAAAACCAUGUAAUUGGAGACAUGGGCAGCGUUAUCCUGGAUCCAGACUUUGAUAUUUUCAAGGAAAUGGGCCAUCUCUGCACAAUCUGCAAAGCUGUUGGUGCAAACAGAAAACUCGUGAAGCCGGGAGGAGCUCAGUGUUUGCCUUCAGGCAACAAACUCUCCUCAGUUCUUCCUCUGCUCCAUCCUGAGUGCCACUCCCUCCCCGAACCCAAUCUCCUCCCGGGCCAGCUCUCCCAUGGCGCAGUGGGAAUGCACGGCGGCAAGGUCCGCUGGUUGUCCAUGGCCUUUGAAUCUACCACAUACAAGGGGAAAUCGUCCUUUCAGACCUACUCAGACUUCCUCCAGUGGGAGAACUUCAUCCAGGAGCAGCUUGCCAGCCUCCCACAGACUUCGGCUCUCCAACGUGGUUUCCAGACAUGUGAGCACUGGAAGCAGAUCUUUAUGGAAAUUAUAGGUGUGGAGAGUGCCCUCUGGAGUCUCCUGCUCUCUCUAGCGAUCUGUGUGGCCGCCGUGUCUGUGUUUACAGCGCAUCCUCUGCUGCUGCUGCCGGUGCUCAUAACAAUUAUAGGAGUGAUCUGUCUGGUUGUGGCUGUCAUGUAUUGGCUGGGUUGGGAGAUGGGAGCAGUGGAAGCGAUUUCUCUGUCAAUACUUGUCGGAUCUUCAGUGGAUUACUGUCUGCACCUGGUGGAGGGGUACCUGCUGGCUGGCGAGACGGCUUCCCUACUGCCUGGACACAACUCUGAGCCUUCAGCCGAGAGGCAGAGGCGAACUUUGGAGGCAGUGAACCAUGUGGGCGUUGCCAUAGUGUCCAGCGCCGUCACCACAGCAAUCUCCACCGUCCCUCUUUUCUUCUGCGUCAUUGUGCCUUUCGCCAAGUUCGGUCAGAUCGUGGCCAUCAACACAGCCGUCUCCAUUUUCUUCACCUUGUCUGUGACUUCUGCCUUGCUGGCCUGCAUGGCCCCGGCCCGCUUCAGCAGACACCCCGGCGCUGUGCUGAAGGCCAGCCUGGCUGUGACGGCAGCGGCGGCCUUGGUGGGGGCUCUGUGCUGGACGGGCCAGCAGCUGGGGGCAUCGGCCUGGCGGUCCCUCAGCACAUGAACACACUGUUGUCCUCGACUCACACUGAUGUCAGACAAGAGUAAUGUAUUUUCCUUUACCUUCAGGAGAAAUAUCAGAUCAGUAAGUGAUCUUUAAAGCACAAAGAUGUCAACACUGUCUCAGUAAUUGAAAACUAUUUGUUUUCUAAGAACAGAUUCACUUUACUUAUAAUAGUCAGUGAGUUUGACAUACAGGGGAACAAUCCUUCACCUGCUGAGUAACUUCUUGUAACUACGUGACUCAGUUCUGUUCUGCCUGUGAGUUGACAUGAUAACUAGGUUAAGGUAUUGUGCUUUUUUUAUUUUCACAACCACAUACUUCAGUGUAACUUAGUGGGAUUUUAUAUGACUGACCGACACAAAGUCGCACAUAAUUGUGCUGUGGAAGAAAAACUAUACAUGCUUUGCAAAUCUAAACCUGGUUAUGUCUCAUUCAGGUUAGAUGGAGAAGUAAAACUAAAAUAAUCUGAAUCUUUUUAGUUUGUGCAACUAAUAAGAAUCCUCUCAGCAUAUUCUCCCACCUGAGCUGUAGACCUCAGCAGCAGAGUUACCACAGGCCUCUCAGCUGCUUCGCCCAUUGUUGGUCCUCUGACUGGACCUGUUGGUUUGCAGUAAAGACAUACUCUUAAUUUUUAUGCAAGAUGUUAAAAUAUAUGUAGAUAUGUUACUUCUUUUAAAAUUACACACCAGUGAACUCUUAGUAAUUUGGGUGCUCUAUAUUCUACUUAGAGGUGUUAAACAAAAUUAGGCUGACCCCCCUUUGUAGGCCACACUGUUCAGGUUUGCAUUCAUAAAAAUAUUGAAAAACCACUUCAAAACCAUGUACUGCUUUGUAUUGAUCUAUUAUAUAAAAUCCCAAUAAAACACACUGGAGUGGUUUGUGUUUGUAACAAAGUGCAGGGAAGUUUAAGAGGUUGGAUUAUUUUUGCAAGACACAAUGUUUCGUUCCGUUUUGUCUUCGGCUUUGAGUAAUUCCUGGAAAAUGUUCUUGCUUUACGUUGUUGAGUCGUAAAGAGUUGCCGAUGGGUUUAAUAACACAGCGUCUGACUGUGGUGUUGGCGGUUUACAUUACUUUAUGGUCUUCUGUGAAACUUCCUGAUUUUUGUUUAAUGCCGCGUCUUCUCGGAAAGCUUUUACUAUGUCCAUCUGCAGCUGGACAAACAGAUGUAUUAACAGAAUUUAUACUGUUUGGUAAAACGUGUUGUGUGAUGUAAAUGUUGUUCUGAACUGAACCUUUGGAAGCUGCCAGCACAUGUGUGCUUGUGAAUACUGUUGCGUUAUUUUUAUGUGAUCAGAUCUUUAACUGCUUUAAGGUUUUUGUAACAACAACAAAAAAAACAACAAAUGGAAAGAAUCCUCUCUUCCCGUCCUCAGGUGUACACUCCAUCACAUUUUAAAAGCACUCAGUGUAAAAGUCUCCUGUCCUCGCAGCAAAGAGCACCACUCGAACACCAAUCAGCUGCAGCAACGCGCUGCCCUGCAGUGAAGGUGAGGAACAUUUGUCAAACCAUAUAACACGAUAAUGGCUAGGGAGAGGAACCCACUCAGUCAUGGCAAGAGUGGUACGUUUCUGGGAUUUUUUUUUUGUGUGUGUUACACUUGUGAAUGUCAAAUAAAGCAGGUGCAGAAAGCCAUUUGUGUUCUCAUUAGUGAAAGGUCAGUGCUGCGUCCUUCUGCUUAGUUGUAUAACGGAGGAGGAUGGAGAGGCGUCGCUGAUUGCUUACAGUCACAUACUUACAGUAGGAGCUCCAGCGUCACAUUGCUAGGCUAUUAAUCAUCCACACGAAACAACUCGGACUCCGUAAACAGGAGAGCGGUUUAUUCUUAUGCUGAAAAGUAAAAGGAGAAUGAUGUUUUGGUGUCGUUCUGUCAUGUAGUUCAUGAUUGAUAGUCAGAAAGGCCUUGGUGUAUUGUUAUAAAAUGAAAUGUGUUGCAGCAGAAAAAGAGAUAUGGAUUAUCUGAAUGUCAGUGAAGGUAUUUGUACAACUCUGAAUUUAUUUUUUUUUUGCUACAUAAUUUAAGAGAUAAGUUUCUGCACUAUGUGUAGCUGGUAUUGUGUCACAGAGAGACAUGUAAUAGGAUGGUUUUACACCCGAGAAACAGUUUUUCUUUGUUGAAAUAUGUCUAAUGGGCCCAUUGAGGUAAAAUUCACACCAGAUGUCCACAAUAACCCAAGUAAUCCUCACAUACUAAACAAUAUGUGCAAAUCAGUCAACAAAUGAAGUUAGAAGUAAAAAGUUAAAAUGUUGCAGGGAAUAAAUAUUGAAAGUAUUAUGAGAAGGGUUAGCACAAAAAGGCACAGAAAGCAGCUAAAAUGUGUUUAGACAGCACUCCAGCUGGUAUGUGCAAAUGAAAAUCAGCACGCUUAAUAUUAACCGUGUCACAGUGGUGCGACUGAUGAAAGCAAAAAGACUGAUACAAAAGAUUUAAGUUGCAGAACAUACUAAUGGAAAUUUGUUACAGCUGCAUUUCUAAACUUCUGAAUGAUACUGUAAGCCUCAUUGGAACUACACUCAAAGUGGAAAGAAAAUGAUUUUACCAUAAACAAGGUGUCCUUAAGAUUUCUGACAGAGGAGUGAAAAUAAGAGUUGUCCAAAAGCUAUGGAGCAACAAAAGACAUGAAAAUAGCAGGUGCAGUUAUUCACAUCAAAACAAUUCGUAAUGCUCUCAAUCUCAAUGGCUCAUCUGCACACUUGCUGCACAAUACUCCACUGCUGAAGAAAUUAUUGUUGCAAAUUGUUUGGGCCGGUCAGUAAGAAAUGUGAGCAUACAGCCUGGUCAGAAGAGAGCAAAUUUAAAAUCAAUGUCCAUAACAUGUUUGGAGGAAGAAUAGUUCUGGACUUGCAAAGAUUCAUAUGGAGUUAAAAGUUCAAAGGUAUAUACAAAGUCUGAGUGCCACCAAAAAGUCAAAUAAGUAUUCAGAGGUGAUUGAAUCUGAAUCGGUGCUGACCGAGCUUCUGAACAAUGAGAUUAAAUAACAUCAGAACUUCAUAAUUUGGUCCUUCAUAUGAAAUGUAUGUAAACAUUGUAACAAUAGCUUCCAAAGUGAGGGGUAAAUUUCAUUAAAAUAAUUUGUGAAAAUCAGGUUUUUGAGUAUCAUUGAAAUAAUUACUUCUGCACUCAAGUGAUCAAAUAAUUGUUGAAAUCUUAAGAUAAAUUUUCACCCCGUCUUUCAGACCCACUUUAAGCAUUUGGGUGUGAAGUUGAUCAUCAGUGAAGACUGAGCAUCUGCAUAGAAUAGCAUGCGAUUGAAGUUUCAGGUCGUUGCUAUGACUUGUACUGAAUUUAGGCAAAUUUUGUUGAACUAGGAAAUAGGUAAAACAAUAAAAAUUAAAAUUGCUGCAGGGAGUUUGUUAUAACACAAGAUGAAAUAUUUUGGAUAACAAAUGGUGGUUUUGAACUUCAUUAAAAUGCAAGGCAGGUACAUGAUAGUGUCACAGUACUUUUCUCAUUUCUGUGAAGUGACACCCUCUAUCUAAAAAUAGCAAAUCCAAGAGAUAUUAAUACUUCAGAGGCGCUGUGUGUGUUUGUUGGGGGUUAAGUUCUCAUUUAAGUUUUGUUACCUUCUCACACAUCUCUGAUUGAAUACUUUCACAGCAGGUUGGUUCAAUCUUUGUAUACUCUAAAUUGGUCCAAACUAUUCCUGUGGAAAAAAGCGCAUCAGACAGAAAACAAAAGAACAGCUGUGCGUUCUUUAAACAUGGAGCCGAAUGACAGAGAAAGUUAGUGAGCAACAACAUAGAUUAAACAAACACAAGUGACUAUACAUUAGAAGGCUUUUAUAGGAUCCUUCCCACCUUUACAUUAUAUGUGUAAUAAUAAAUACCACGGCUCAUUUGGUCAUCGAAAAAUGUUUCAUUGUACCAAAGAAAAGGCAAGUUGCUCUCGAGAGAAUGUACUUUACAUCAGAACUGCAAAACAACAGUUAUACUGAAACAUAAAGUCAUAUCUUUAUUUCACCCCAUGUUACAGGGCACACACAAUGUUCAAGUAUGCCUGAGGAACUAGAUGGAGCAAUAAAAAAAACAAAGAAGAGAUAAAAUGCAUUUUAAAAUAAGUGAACUGGCAUUGCAUUUCACAAAGUUUUAGAAGCUCAUGAUUUUGGAACAAUUCACUGUAAAGUGCUAACUGGUUCGAGCUGAAAAAAAGCACAUGUUCCCUUAGAAAAAAAAAAAAAAAAAUCAAACAUUA